AUGGCCUUACCAAAAUAUAUUCCGGGGAAAUGGCUCAUCAGAACCCUAAUAAUCAUAUUAAUAUUCAAAUACUCACUCAAAUAUCUGUUGGGGCUCAACCUUCAGUUUAAUCCAUUCAAAUGCUGGGCUUUAAAAGUUUCAUAUAAGGAUAAAUUCCAUCUUCAAUCAUUAAAAGUGUACCCCUUCCAAAGGAAGAUUAUGAUAACUGGAUUGACCAUACAUGACAACAAUAAAACUGAUACCAAGAGGGACUAUUGUGAGGUAAAUGUACUAUCGAAUACGACAGAAGAAAACUUACCCCUCCAACAGGAAUCUAGAAUUAUUACAUUACCGAAAUGGUUUAUCAAUUAUUUCACACAUAUAUCAAGGGCUGUUAAUGGGUUCACUCUUGUGUUUGAUGAUUUGAAAAUCGCAAAGGAGAAUAUUCAAAUCCAACGCCUGGGACUCACUACAACAUUAGAGACAGUAUCGAAUCAAUUUGGUGUCGACGUGUUUGUAAGAAAGGCCCAUUGGCAUGACCAACUUCUUUGCGGUGAUGGUCUCUUCUUCUUCAAGACAACUAUUUCAUUGACUAAUGAAACUGACAUCAUUGUAAAAGAAACUUUAGGAUCUGACGAGGGCCUAGAUGAAGCGAUGAGUUUCCCAAUCCAAGAUACAACCCUUGAUAUUAAACUGGGAGAUAUUUCAUUAUCAAUGGAUAUUGUGAAUAAAAUGAGAAAGAAAGCAAAUAGUGACCAAAUUCCGAAAUGCAAAAAUAUAAGAAGUACUAUGCUUACAGAUGCGGAAGUACAAAGGAUUGUGGCCACAUUUGAAGAAAAGAUACAAAGACAAUGUAGAACGUUUUUGAAACCUUUCUCAGAAAUAAAUCUUGCUAUUGAUAAGAUCGAAAUCUCUAAAAUUCCUGUAACACCUCAUGAAAAACUACAAGAAAUGAACUCAUUUUUGAGCUACCACGCAACGGUAUCGAAUUUCUCAUUUAAUGCAGUUCGGUUUAACAAUGAAAUGCCAGGAUUCAAACUAGUCUUUCAUGAGAAUGACACACCUUUCAAAGUAAGUUCCACAAUUUCAAGAAUUGUAUUUUCCCUAGAUAAGAGAGAAAUGAAAACUAAGAUUAGAACUCUUUUAAAAAUAAUGGAGAUUCCAAAUAUAUCUGUAUUUGGAGAAACUAAUUUACCAUCACAAAAAUUCCGUCAUUUAUCAACUUCAUCAUCAAAAUCUUCAAGCCAAUCUGAACGUGGCCCAAUCAUGAACCUUAAAGGUAAUAUUGCCUCACCAACCAUUGAUAUUAAUAUUAGAAGCUUAUCAUUCUUAAAGUCAUUCUUAGAUAAUAUUAAAGUCUUCACACAGACCUUUUCAGAUCCAAUGGAGGUCACAAAUUGUGUCGAGAAUUGUAAAAUUUCAAGAAGAAAACAAGUCAUGAUGGAAUUUUACAAAACUUUUCUACCUAUUAUCAAUGGAAGAUUGACUUUAGAGGAUCCCAAGGUUGCAAUCAGUGAUGAUCAAAAUAACUUAAUUAUUUUCAAAUUUGCUGCCUUCAUGUUUAAUUAUCAAACAAAGAGGUACUCAUUGGCCAAUGUGGAAAAGACAGAACAGAUUUAUUUUGAAUCAACCGCAAACAUUGAAAUCUUGGAUAUUAAAUUGCAACAUAUUGUCCAGGAUGCCAACUACAAAGUCAUUAUCUUCAAAUUGGAAAGUUUUGCUCUUCAAAGUAAAUUUAAACUUAUCCCUGAUAACACAUGCGUCUUAGAAGGUGACAUAGAUACUAUUCAUUUAGACCUUUCAGAAUUACGUACCAUGAUCAUGUUGAACAGAUUUAUCAGAAGACUAGACUGUCAAAUGUUGUUAGUUGAGGAAAAUUAUUUCAAAGAUCUGUACACCAUGUUUGCAUCUAAUAUUGAAACAUCAGAAAAGGAAUGCUCUUUGCUCUCGAAAUCGAUUAAACCCUCACAGAAGAUUUCACUUUCUGAUGUUUUAUUCAUAGCACUUCCUGCCUAUCUGGAUUAUUUAAAGAUUACAAUCAGAAAUAUCAAAAUGACUUUAGGAGCAAGAUCCGUUUUCAUGCCACCCGAUGUAUUUUCUUCUGUAGACUCUCAAAGUUCUCAUGAUUUAGUGGAUGGUAAGCUAAGGAAGUUUUGUACUUCGAUUGAUAAGUUGCAAUUGGCAAUUUUCGGAACUAAAACUCAAUGGCAUAAUAAGAUAAGCAAUGGCCAAAUUGAAAUGGUUCGAAGCGGACAAAACUCGGAAGAGUUUAUGUCAUAUGGAGAUAAUGGAUUGGAUGAUAUCUCCACAAGCGAGGUCACUGAAGUGGAACAUCUUUGGAAUGUUAAUCUUUUGUUCAGUUCAAUUACGUCAAUAAUUGUUGCAGAAAGUGCAGAAGUAACGGAUGAAUUAGCAUAUAGAGUUGUUAAUAAAAUGUCAGUAUUGUCCGUAAAAGUAUUCCCAGAGGUUGAUUCAUUUUCCGUGGACGAACCGCAGAAGAGAAUAACAGUACAAAUUGAGAAUCAAAAAAUCAAAGCAAUUCUUUCCUUAAUGAAUAUCUUUUUGAUUAUAUCAGGUGUUCAUACUUUGUACCAAGUCUUUGGCCAUGAUAUUGCAAGGAGAAGAAGGGAAUCAUGGGCAAAGAAGUAUCUAAUUGCUAUCGGGAAUAGUAAAAAGAAAUCAACUAUAAACAAUAUCGAUUGGACCGAACUGAAAUCGCUCUUACAAAUUAAUUACUCAAGUGAUUUCUCUAGUCAUGUUCUGGUUCUUCCUAAUGGACUAAAAACAAAGGUUGAAUCAAUAAAUACCUUCACCACAAUAAGGAACUUUUCUGAUGUAAAUAUUAGCGGCGAACUUUUCAGAGUAUUAGUCGAAUCGCCGGAAAUUCAGAAUAUCUGGUCGAGAUUUGUAUCAAUAUCAAGCUUUAGUAUCCGAAUGUCAAUUGACGACGUGAAAGAUCAAAUGGCAAAAAGCUUUGAAGAUCUUCAAGAUGCAGAACCUGCUGUGUGGCUUGAAAAUGAAUCAUGGCACCUUUCUGUGCCGCAUAAAUUUGAGAUGUAUAGACUAAUUGAUAACGUUACAACAGUUGUUAAGUCUUUGAAACAAAUGUUUUAUUCUUUGAAAACAUCGAAGAACGACUUGAUUAUUUUCCCUAAAGUUCAAAAGGCACCUUCUUUGCCAAAAAUAAAGUUAAAGUCGGGACGACUUCUAUUUAGUAUCAAUGAUGAUCCAUUUGAAGCUCAAAUGAAUAUGAUUUGUCAGAUUGGGACGCAAGAACAAAGAAUAAGAAUGGAACAAUGGAAGGAAUUUGAUGAAUCCACACUCAAGAGAAUAAAAGAACGAAAACCUGAUGUUGAUGUCAGCGAUAUUCAUUCCGUAUUAUAUGAAACUAACAAUACUUCAAUCAGAAGUUCCAUUCGCAGAAAAUCUUUAGAAAGAGCAAAUCAACGUACAAUGCCUGUUCCUUUUAAUGUAGACGGUUUAGAUGAGGAAGAUAGAUCAGUACAAGAACUUGUGACCGAAGAUAUUCAUAGAGCCUUUAGAAAUUUUCAAGAAUAUAUGUCUGAUUCCUGGAUAAAGAGAGUGAAUGAAUACAAGAGAAAGGAAAGGGAAGAGUUUAAGAAAAACUUUUCAUUUUUAUGGGGAAAUAUCAAUUACAGUAAGUUUCCCUCAAAUGUUAAUGAUAAAGUACUAAGUUUUACCACAUAUCCAUUCCUAAUGAACCUAAUCGUCGAAGAUAUCAACAUAGAUGUAUGUAAACCGUCUUGUGGCCUAGAAGGAAUACCAUCUUUUAUUCAUGAAGUUGGUAAGGGUGUACCGGAAAGUAUGGAAUAUUCCAUCAUGAUUCCAAUGCAUUUAGACUGUAGGUUCAGUGAAAUUCGAUGGCACCUAAGAGAUUAUCCAAUGCCUUUCGUGUAUAUUCCACCACUAGCAAUAUCUCAAAGUAAGUCAAUGCCAGCAAUACGAAUAUUUGGUGAUUUUAUGGUUACUGAAAACUUGGUCAAAUCAGACGAGGCUUUGAGAACAUUGUUCGUUCCCUUGGUUCCAUCCAUCGUCAUGGAAAAUAGUGAUGCAUAUUAUUCUUUACUAGUUCCAAGAACUGUCACCAGCAUAAAGGUUUACACAACUCUUCAGCUUGAUAUAAACUCUAAGGAUAGGACUACAGUCAAUAUGGGUAAUUCGUAUCAACCUGCGAUCCAACAAACAAUGCAAUGCUUUGACAACUUUUCUAAACCUCCUACGGACCCAUCUCGGAAAAUGGGGUUUUGGGAUAAAUUGAGGUACAUGUUCCACGCCAGAAUCAAAAUUUCAUGGAAAAAUAAUGGAAGAUUUGAAGUCGGCUUAAAGAGUGCUAGAAGUCCUUAUAUGAUUGGCGGUAAAUCUGCUGGGUUUAUAAUUGGUUUUGGAGAAAACGUCAUUUUAACCUGUAAUGAGACUGAGGAUCCAAAAAAGUUUUUAUCAUGCACAGCUGGAGAAAUUUACUUCAGUAUUCCUAAUUAUCUGGCAAAACGAUUACUGGUAUGGUCGAGACCUAGCUCUCAGACUGUUUUCCUCCCAACCCAAGAAAAUACUAACGUAGCAAAAUAUGCUUCGUAUUACUAUUUAAUGGACUUAUUGAAUACCAAGAAUGAAUCUGCUGCAUUGCAUAUUAUGGAAACUGCCUUUAUCGAAAAGACCGGCAUUAAAUUAACUGGUAGAACCACUCUUAACAUGGGUAUCGUCCUUGAAAGACUUUCUCAAGAUGGUAAAGGUCGAACUUUUGAUGCGAAGAAACAUUAUGACGUUAUGCUAACGAAUCCAAUAUAUGUCGAGAAUUUAAAGACACACGAUUCCUAUAAAGGAUUCAGAAGUGAAUUUAUUCAUAUGUCAUUUAACUUACUGUCGAAUUCAGACUCAGCUUAUAAUUCAAUGCAACUAAGCCCUACAGCUUUGGCUACCUUCUUUGACUGGUGGAAAUCAUUUUCAGGUAAUUUCCCUGUCAGGAGAGGUCCAUUGUAUGGGAUGCAGAGUGUUAGCCCCAAGUUUGGAGAUCACCUAUAUACUAUCUCUUAUCAUGCUGAUGUUUCUCCAUUAUAUAUUGCUCACAUUUAUCAUGACAUUGACGCUGCAUAUAUUCUCAAGAAGAAUGAUUUCGAAACGGUUGAAUUUGCCGGUUUAAAGGCUAAAGUUGGGCAAUUUGUGAUGGAUUUGCAUCAAAGGAAAGAAGUUGUCACCGAAUAUAAGAAGAAGUUGAAUGUUACUAAAAGAGUUAAGAAACUAAAAUUUCUCUCAGCUGAUAUACUCACACAUAGAAUUGAUAUUAGGACUGUACAUGGUAUUUUCCAUAAGCUUAAUUUUAUUGAAGAGAAGGCACAUGCAAAGUACGACAUCUUUGAUAAUGAUAUGUCAUGGUUAGAUAUUUCAGACUUCCAAGAAGCUUUUUACAUCGAUGUUAGUAAUUAUGUUCCAAAUGUUGACAUUAGACCAUUACUUUUUGCUCCUGAAUUUGUUUACAAGAAGAGAGCGAACUAUGGAGAUAAAUACCAAUUAAAUCCUAAAACAUAUGAGCGUAUCGAACCCUUCAACAAUGGCGUAUCUCAUGAUUGUAUUAUGGGAGAACAUAUUGAAAUUCCUCCUAGCUUGAUUGAGAAAAGAUUAGAAGUUUUAGAAGAGUUUGAACUGAAGAUAAAAGCAAAACUAAGAAAGUCUAUAGAUCCGACGGAGAAAGCAAAGCUGACGACUUUCUUGAAUAUGACAGCCCAAGCGAAGGAAAGCGUUGAAUUAUUAUUGGCAGAUUUCAAUUCUGUGUGUCCCAAAACAGGUAAAAUAUUGACAGAAUCCGGUUGCUUCCGUUACCCUUCACUUCAAUUAUUACAUAAUUCCAAAUUAAGAAAUAAGUCAUUCGAGAAUAGAUUCUUAGUUUUUAAUAUGCUAUUAAAAUGGAAUGAAAAGGUAAGAGAUGUAGUCUUAAGGUACUUACAUUUCUUUAAUUUGACGUCGGACUUCCACAAGUUGACAUCACAGCAUGCUUUGGAAACUUUUGACAAUAUCUUAAAGCAAAGGUUAUCACAGAAUCAAAAAUCAGAGUUGGAAAGCCACGGUGAGCCUAUCGAACGACUUAACUCCAAAGAGCAAUUUAGAAAUGCAGAAGAUCAAUCUGCCAUUAACAAUGCCUUAGUGGAACUAUUUGAAACAGCUUUGUCAAGUUUACAAUGUUCAAUCAAAUCUGUUCGUCACGAAAAUCAUUAUGUACAGUUUAUUACACCCCAAGUUCAAUUAAUGACUAAAGAAGAAAAUGACUCAUGUGUUAUUAUAUCGGCUCCAAAUGUUAUGAUGAAGGUGUUAGCUUUCGAAGAUGAACGGACGGAGGAAAUUAAUAUUGACAACGAUUUCUUGAAGAGGUAUGGAAUAAUAGUGACAAAUGCUAAUGCGUUCUUAUUCCACAAGGGUGAUUUUAAGGAUAAUUUUGAAUUGUUCUUUGAUGUUAGCUCCUACGGUCAAAGUAAGAAUUCGAAAUGGCCGCCAUGGCUGGGAUUAGAACUUGGAUUUGAAUCAAAGGCUUUGCAAUCGCAAGCCCUUAUUAAGAAUUUAUCAACGGUUUUAUUUUACGAAAAAGUUUCAGAAUUUUCUGAUGUGUAUGAACUGGUUAAGAAAGCUAUUGAUGAUAAAUUUUCGGUGUUUAUGCCUAAACUGCAUAUGAAAAUGAGUUCCCAAAAUUAUGUUUUCUUGUACAAAAUAGUCACUAAUUUGUUCCUUUACGUGGAUCCUGAAGCUGUGGAAUUACAAAAACAAAUAGAAAAGCUAACUAUCGGGUACGAUCUUGGAAAUGUUGAACAUACUCGUGAAUUAGCCUUAUCAUUGUUCAACAACCAGAGAAAGUUAAAGUUAAUUGAAGAUGAAUUUUUGUUCAAAAGAUUUUUGUUGGAUGAUGUUGGGAAAGUGGAUUUAACUAAUAUUCAUAAUGAAAGACUAAACCAUUUAUUAAGACUUUAUUUGAUAAUGAAUAUGUUGAAUAUUAGUUGUUCAAGUAAAGAUGGUCGUGAAAGAACAAUGGUCUUUGAUAUAAAUAUCAAGGAAAUCCUUUUUCACAUGUUAUAUGAUGAUAAUAAGCCAUUUAUUGAUAUUGCUCUUGCAGAACUACAUCUUCUAAAGGGCCAUUCAUCUUAUGGGUUCAAUAGAAGUCAACUAACUAUUAAUAUGAUGCAAGUCUUUAACUUAGAAAAGGGCGUUGUUUUUCACGACGUUUUUGGACCAUACAUAAAGGAUUCCAAGAAAUCAAAAUUACCUAAUGUUUCGAAAGACGAUCCGCUAAUAUCUAUUUGUUGGGAAAUGGACAAACCUGUUGGUGGUAUUAAGUUAAUUAAUAAGGUUGAAACUAAACUUGCAGGACUUAAAAUUAAUUUGGAAGAAGAUACCCUAAAGAGACUUAUCACCUGGCUACAAUUAAAGGAAACCUUUUUACAAGACGAAGACACUGAUGAAGUUGCUGCUAUAUCUGACUUGUUAUCAAACACUGCAUUGGAUUCCGAUCUUGAUUUGACUGAAGAUCUUGGUGCUGACCUAAAUGAAAUGGUCAAACGUGCCUCAGAUUAUAUGACAAUUCAAGAUUUAAUGCUCAAUAGUUUCAAACUGUGCAUUAGUUACAAAGGUAAGGGUACUCGUAGAUUGAUAAACAUCUCGAAUUUCCUAUUUACCUUCCCCAGUUUAUCUUUUGAAAACCAAAUGUUGCGGGUAGUUGAUAUUCUAAAUUCUUUGAAGAAACUACUAAUAAAAGUGUUGAUUAGACAUACAGGGAAAUUCUUGAAGGGCAAGUUGAAAACAAACUCCAAAGAGCCAUCCGUCAAACAUGAAUCAAGAUUAAAACCUUUAAAGACUUACGGAUCAUACACUCAUGUGGAUGAUCUACUGACUGAAGGGAGUGUGGAUUUGAACUAUUCCAUCUAG